AUGGCGGAAGAAGUAGGAUCCUUUUCUUUUGACUCGAUUAAUAGCGAUGGAUAUUCGAUUAAUUUGAAUGAAAAUGAAGCUGUUGAAUCAACUAUUGAUAGUUCGAAGGUAUUAGGCAGAAAGAGAAAUUUAAUUUGUGCUGAUGAAGCUCUACUGUUGUCCUUAAAAUUUGCAUAAAUUUGAAUAUUUAUAAAUACAGUAUGUUCUGUAUGUAUUUAUAUCAUAUAUAGACUAAUUUUACUUUUAAUUUCUGUGUGAUUUUGAUAGACUAAUCAACGAUUGAAGCGGUGCUUAUCGUGCAAUGGUGUAAGUGGCCCAAGAGGAAAAAAAUAAUGCUGUCCUUGUAAAAGGAAAGAAGAGAUGGAGCAAAUUGCAAAAAUGGGAAUGACAAACCCAUCAAAACAAUUUGGUAUGCUGACAAAACGG